AGAGGGGGUUUAUCACACUAGCUGUGAUUGCGGAAGGUUUUCACAACAGCUGGGAAUUCCUCUACUACAGCUAGUAUUUAUCGCAGGUGUGUGGAUGUUGCUGCCUCUAUUUGUUUAACUUUCUCACGGCAAGGACGCAAAAAUAUAAACCGUGCAAAAAGGAACACCAUCAUUAGCAUCAUCAUUGUCUUCAACAACAUCAUUGUCGACACGGCUUCUCAUCUAUAGUGUAUACACGACGGUGCAACGACGUCCACGAGUUUACUAACGUCUUUACAUGUCUGCAUCGCAUUCGGAAACGUUCUUGUGAUAGGUAACACCACUACGGUGUCUACCCAUUUACAUGAUGUAGAACGACGUCAUCGGCCUUUUUGACAUCAUCUCUCGGAGACAUCGCAAACAAUAAUGACUCGUUGAAAACUUUGUCUAUUGUCAGUACACGCAGCAACGCCACUGAAGUACCUUGUUGUCUUCACACAGAGUGCAUACAGAAACAUCACCGACGUCGGCGCUUCUACAGUGUAAUGAACUCUCUAUGGCGGAAGCAGCAACAUCAAUAGGGUCGUGAUGCAACUUUCCAUCGAUACGACGUCAUCACCCAGACACAGCAUUGGUCAAGCAUACGUCAUCAUCCUCAUAUAUAGCAGCUAAUGGGAAAAUCUACUAUGGAAGACUAUAAGAUGACGACUGACGACGUGGCGGGGUAACAAUGAGACGAGUCAAGCGGAUCCUGCUGGUCAUCGUGGUGGUCAGUCUCUGUUCUGUCGCCCUCUUUCUGGCGUCCAGCCACAUGCACGACGUGGACGGGGCGCGAACACGCGCGCGUUACCAGUUCGUGCACAGCUCCAAACCCAGACGAGAUUACAUAGCAAGACGAAGGGGAAUGCAGCAACUGGUCGUCAUGACUGCUGAACCGAGGUCACGUGGACGGUCCGAGAAAAUCUCGGUCGUGUCACGCGGCAAGGGAGGUUAUUCCGAGAAAACGUUACAGCUGCCGGAUACAGCUGAUUGGGACUCCGAGAAUUGGCUGAAGCUACCAGACGAGAAUGUUCGUGAUUCUGAGAAAAAUUUAAAAAUAUCAGUUAAACCUAUUCGUGAAACUCAGAAAAAUUUAAAAUUACCAAUUAAACCGAUUCGUCAUUCUGAGGAAAAUGUAGAACUGCCAGUUAAAUAUAUUCGUCAUUCUGAGAAAAAUGUAAACGUAACGGUUAAACCUGUUGGUGUUUCUCACAAUACAUUAAAACUACCAAUCGAACAUGUUCCUGAAUCUGAGAAUAAAAAGCCGUUAGACACGUCUGUUGGUGAUUCUCACAAUCUGGGGAUACCGAAUGAACAUAUGCAAGAAUCUGUUCGUCAUCAUUCUCUUAAUAACUCGUCUAGGACGUCAUUGCGACCGAACGCUCGUCAUAGAAUAGAUGUGGACAAUUUAACAAGAUGUCUCAGACCAAAUCACGAGGAAGGUGUGCAAGAUAUAUUUUGUGUGAAAAAGCCGACAUAUUUAGAUAAGGUUAAGAACCCAUGUUGGCAUGACGAGUCGUCUCAUGUGAGUUGUCUCCCCUACUUCCACAUUCUUGGCUGUGCGAAAUGUUCCACAACCGAUCUAUAUUCCAGACUUUGUAUUCAUCCGCACAUCGUGAAAAACAGGGGCAUUUUUGGCAAGGAAGCGCUGUGGUGGAGCUGGACGAAGUAUGGAAUUAUGGGCGUUUCCAAGUGCGCAAUCAGAUCACUUACAGAGUAUGUUAACGUGUUCAAGUCGGUCGCAAAUCGAAUUGAGACGGCUUUAAAUCAUUCUGAAAGCGAUUACACACAUCUGAUUACAGGCGACGCGUCUCCGCCAGAUUUCUGGGAUUUCCGGGGCUGGCCCCUGCUGCCACAGAAUCAUGGGUUGAAAGAGCCGAAAGUGUUGACCCCUCACCUUAUGAAGCACCUUUACAGAGAGCCGAAAUUCAUCCUCCUCUUACGGAAUCCCACAGACAGACUCUAUUCCGACUUCUUCUUCAUGCGGGCUGGGAAGACGCCACACGAUUUCCAUAACGCCGUGCAGCGCUCCCUGGCGGUUCUGGACAGGUGUCGAGCGAAAUACUCCACGCGCCAGUGUUUCUACAGUGCUGACAUCUACCGGAGACUCUCAACAAGAAUCCAUUUUGGGUGCUAUUCAGUCUUCCUCAAGGAAUGGCUUGACGUAUUUCCGUUACGUCACUUCCUCUUCCUAAAAACUGAAGAAUACAUAUCAAACAUUACGAGUAAUCUGCAGACGAUAUAUUCAUUCCUUAAACUUGAUCCGUUGCCGAGGGAACAGCUAAUGACUGCCGAGAAACGGUCGCCAGUUCGUGUUAACAAAGAGAGGGAGAAAGCUGGCGUAAUGCUGGAGAAAACCAGAAGAAUAUUGGACAAGUUUUAUAAACCAUUCACAGAGGAGCUGGCGACAAUUCUUAAUGAUACCCGAUUUCUCUGGACGUGAUAUUAUAUCAUAUACACGAAUGUGUACUGUAUUUGUAAACGAUAUUAUAUACUGAUAUAUAGUCAUUUCUCUGGAAGUGAUAUUAUAUACAGCCGUUUCUCUGGACGUGAUAUAAACUAUAUAUUGUUAUUUCUGAGGCCGUGAUAUAUAAUAUAUAUAGUCAUAUAUAGUCACUCAGAGAGAGAGAGAGAGAGAGAGAGAGAGAGAGAGACAGAGAGACAGAGAGAGCGAGAGAGAUUUUGUUAUUAUGUGGGUAAUGGAAAUCAGGGAUAUUUUCUUCUUAAGUGGAUCGCGGAAAUCAUAAACAUUUAGUUACCGAUAGCAGGUGGACGAUGUAAACCACCGACUUUUAGAAUUAGGUGGAUCGUGGAAAUCACAGAAAUGUUGUCAUUAGAUGGAUCAUGGGAAUCACAGCCACUGUUUCAUUAGAUGGAUCAUAGGAAACACAGAUAUUGUGUCUUUAGAUGGAUCAUAGCAAUCACAUGUAUUUUGUCACUAGGUGGAUCAUGGAAAUCACAGACAAACAUUUUGUUAUUAGGUGGAUCAUGGAAAUCACAGACAAACAUUUUGUCACUAGGUGGAUCAUGGAAAUCACAGACAAACAUUUUGUCACUAGGUGGAUCAUGGAAAUCACAGACAAACGUUUUGUUAUUAGGUGGAUCAUGGAAAUCACAGACAAACAUUUUGUCACUAGGUGGAUCAUGGAAAUCACAGACAAACAUUUUGUCACUAGGUGGAUCAUGGAAAUCACAGACAAACGUUUUGUUAUUAGGUGGAUCAUGGAAAUCACAGACAAACAUUUUGUCACUAGGUGGAUCAUGGAAAUCACAGACAAACGUUUUGUUAUUAGGUGGAUCAUGGAAAUCACAGAUGUUUUGUUAUUACGUAGAUUAUGGAACUCACAGAUGUUUUGUUAUUACGUAGAUUAUGAAACUCACAGGUGUUUUGUUAUUACGUAGAUUAUGGAACUCACAGAUGUUUUGUUAUUAGGUAGAUCAUGGAACUCACAGGUGUUUUGUUAUUACGUAGAUUAUGGAACUCACAGAUGUUUUGUUAUUACGUAGAUUAUGGAACUCACAGAUGUUUUGUUAUUAGGUAGAUUAUGAAACUCACAGAUGUUUUGUUAUUAGGUGGAUUAUGGAACUCACAGAUGUUUUGUUAUUAGGUAGAUUAUGGAAAUCACAGAUGUUUUGUUAUUACGUAGAUUAUGGAACUCGCAUACUUUAUGAAAAUAUUAUUGUUACUAUUUAUUUAACAAAUUCGUAUAUGUUUUGUUUUUUUGUAUGCGUGUCUGUGUAUGUGAUGUGUGUGUGUGUGUGUGUGUGUGUGUGUGUGUGUGUGAUGUGUAUGUGUGUGUGUCUGUGUAUGUCAUGUGUGUGUGUGUCUGUGUAUGUCAUGUGUGUGUGUGUGUGUGUGUGUGUGUGUGCGCGUGUGUGUGUGUUAUGUGUUAUGUGUUUCGUGUUUCGUUUUCAUAUUUCACCUUAGCUUUCAAACUCCGGUCCUAGUUUUUUGUUGACACACAUACUCAUUUUGUGAUGGUAAUUAUGUUUGAAACAAACACACAGUUGUUGAAGCAAUAAACGCACACCCUAUGCA